UAAACCCUGGGACAGUAGGGUUCUGUUGUUGUCCUCUGUCCUGGCACCCUGCAUCACUCUGUCCUAUCUCUCCAUCCUUCUCCAUCGCUACAUAGUGGGACUCCUCCAUCUGCAACAUCCCUUUAGGAACCCAAAGAGUCAGGAACCAUGCUCACCAUUUUGGCGCUAGCAUCGGUCAUACUGCUUGGAAUAGUGCCCCAACAGUCGGAGGCCAUCGUCAUCUACACGGGCUGGGAGCGUCAUGCCCUGGUGGGGUCAGACAUCCGUCUGUCAUGUUCAUUCUUCUCCUGGCGCUGGACUUCCGAUGACGUCACCUUCUCCUGGAGCUACCGGGCCGACGGAGCCAGGGACAGCAUCUUUGUCUUCCACUACACUGGUGGAUCCCCCUAUGUGGACAACAAGGGACCGUUCAGAGACAGGCUGGAGUUUGUGGGGAACCCUGGUCGCCGGGACGGAUCCAUCCUACUCAAGAACCUGGACUACGGAGACAACGGCACCUUCACCUGUGAUGCCAAGAACCCGCCUGACAUAGUGGGACGCGCCUCCAGUGUCAGACUGCUGGUCUUUGAAAAAGUUCCCAUCCAGGCCGGAGUGAUCACAGGGGCCAUCAUCGGUGUGGUGCUGGGUCUGUUGGUGCUCGUCGUGGUCAUCUACUAUCUCAUGAGGUUUCUGGUGGCCCGCAGAGUCUUCAACCUCAGUGUCAGCAAACAUGGAAAGAAAGGGAAGGGUAAAGAGGGAUCACAGCAGAGACAGGUCCCUGUUCUCUCCAUCGGGGACCCGUCCAAGCUGAAGGCCGCCGCCUCAGAAAAGAAGAAGCAGGAGUCACGCAAGGAUAAGAAAUAGGAUACGGAGAGCAGAGAGCUAGAGCCCCAAAACACAGCCCACACAGCCCAGCACAAAGCACUGAGACAGCCAGGGAGAGCAGGAACAGGGGGAGGGGACUCACCCAAGGGGGAGAGGCCUGACAGGGUGCUGAUGACCAUUGAGCUGGAGCUCUCCAAGGGGGACAAAGGGGGGAGGGGAAUGGGGGUGGGUCUGCCUCAGCCAAAUCAGCCAGUUUCCUGUCCCAGCUCGCCAAAAAACUGACCCUGAAAUAAGUGAAUGAGACGGACAGGGGUUUUAAACGGAGGACGAUACUGUCUGAAAUCAUACUGGAGAGAGAGGCAGAGGAGGGUCUGAGAGAGGCGGUCCUAAUGAACUUAAAGGCUACGUCUCAAAUAGUACCCUAUUCCUUAUAUAGUACACUACUUUAGACCAGAGCCCUAUAGGUAGCAGUGCACUAUAUAGGGAAUAGGGUGCAGUUUGGGAGGCAGAGUAAGUCUGUCUAGUACAGUAUAUUCCUUCCCACGAGAUCUAAGCUUUUACAACUGAAACGAUCAUCAUUAGGGUCUUAAUGCCACGCUGAGGAGAACAUAGACACAAUACUGAGGUGAAUAUGGACGCAAUACUGAGGAGAACAUAGACACAAUACUGAGGAGAACAUGGACACAAUACUGAGGAGAACAUAGACACAAUACUGAGGAGAACAUAGACACAAUACUGAGGAGAACAUGGACACAAUACUGAGGAGAACAUAGACACAAUACUGAGGUGAAUAUGGACGCAAUACUGAGGAGAACAUAGACACAAUACUGAGGAGAACAUGGACACAAUACUGAGGAGAACAUAGACACAAUACUGAGGAGAACAUAGACACAAUACUGAGGAGAACAUGGACACAAUACUGAGGAGAACAUGGACACAAUACUGAGGAGAACAUGGACACAAUACUGAGGAGAACAUAGACACAAUAGUGCUUCCAAAAGUAUGAUAAGUCAAUGAAAGCCCUCCGACUACUAACUGUUAGUGUCUUCUGGAUCUCAUCACCUGACUGCUGGUUGGAUAACAACAUCUGACUGCUGGUUGGAUAACAACACCUGACUGCUGGUUGGAUAACAACACCUGACUGCUGGUUGGAUAACAACAUCUGACUGCUGGUUGGAUAACAACAUCUGACUGCUGGUUGGAUAACAACAUCUGACUGCUGGUUGGAUAACAACAUCUGACUGCUGGUUGGAUAACAAUAUCUGACUGCUGGUUGGAUAACAACAUCUGACUGCUGGUUGGAUAACAACAUCUGACUGCUGGUUGGAUAACAACAUCUGACUGCUGGUUGGAUAACAACAUCUGACUGCUGGUUGGAUAACAUCUGAAAAGCUUUGUUUCCAUCCUGUCAUUGUAGAUUUGAUGCAAGGCAGUAUUUCUCUACCACGUCUGUCUGACACUCAUCACAAGGGUCCUGGAUACAGGGACAACCCAAUUUGUUAUUUCCAGCUGUGUCCCAAAUGGCAUCUUGUUCCCUACAUAGUGCACUCUGGGCCUUGGUCAAAAGUAGUGCACUGUGUAAGGAAUAGGGUGCCAUUUGGGAGACAGUCUGCCUUCCCCCUCACACUGGCGUUCUCUCUUUCCCUUUCCUCCUUUCAGUGGAACACUUUGCAUUCAGACUCUUCUUAUUGAAACAGUUCAAGUGGUUUUAAAAACUUUUAAUGCUAACUCUUUCACAUCCUCUCUUCCCUAUUUAUGUUCCCCUCUCUCUCUUUCCCCCUCUCUCUCCCCUCCCACUCGCUCUAUUUCCCCCUGUCUCUUUCUCUCUCUCCCCUGUCUCUUUCUCUCUCCCCCUCUCUCUCCCCCUGUCUCUCCCUCUCUCUCACCCUCUCCCCCUCUCUCCCCCUCUAUCUCAUUUCCCUUAUCUCUUUCUCUCCAAUAGAUUUUAUGAAUCUUAUUUCUCAAGGUCUUGAUUUCCUUCCACCUGACUGCUUCAGCUUCCAUAGACCACACCCCUUUAGACCGCACCCAUCUAGACCACCCCCCCUUUAGACCACACCCCAUUCAGGCCACACCCCUUUCCCCAUCUGCUCCACCUCCUGAGUGCACUUGUCCUAUCUCAUUAAGCCCUAUGAAAGACUAGUCCUAUCAAACUCAGUGUCUCCUCUGUAGAAUAUACAACACAUAACCCCUCCAGCUAGCAUCAAGUAGAGCUGACCCAGUAUAGACAUGCAGUGUAAUAUAUGGACCCUGCUAAUGUAGAGAUACUAAUGGCUUCAGGGAGGGGUCAAAUAGUUCCUGAAAUUUCUAUUAAGGUUUCCUGCUGCUGGUUGCUUAGCUCAAUGGCUCAAUCAGAUCAGAUGAGAGUGGUGCGGAAAGAGAGUGUGAGUGCACCCUGCACUGACGAGUCAGACGAGUCAGAGAAAUAUGAUUCCAAGCUCUUAGCUUGUGUCGAUGGGUUCAACCCGUAGUUCAUUUCACCGGGUGAUUCAAUCCCUUCACAUUUGAGCUAAUGGAGGUCAUAGUUCUACACUGGGCUGUGCUCUGCUGUUUGGCUGUCAGUGCAUGCUGAAGGUUAGGUUAUUUCUGGCUCCAUAAGGGCGUAUACAGGAUUACUGUAACAGCUGCAAAACAGGAAAACACUUGUUUGUUUAUGACUGAGAGUAUGUCCCAAAUAUCAUUCUAUUCUCUCUGUUGUUGUGACUGAGAGUAUGUCCUGAAUGGCACUCUAUUCUCUCUGUUGUUGUGACUGAGAGUAUUUCUUGAAUGGCACUCUAUUCUCUCUGUUGUUGUGACUGAGAGUAUGUCCCAAAUAUCAUUAUAUUCUCUCUGUUGUUGUGACUGAGAGUAUGUCCCAAAUAUCAUUCUAUUCUCUCUGUUGUUGUGACUGAGAGUAUGUCCCAAAUAUCAUUCUAUUCUCUCUGUUGUUGUGACUGAGAGUAUGUCCUGAAUGGCACUUUAUUCUCUCUGUUGUUGUGACUGAGAGUAUGUCCUGAAUGGCACUCUAUUCUCUCUGUUGUUGUGACUGAGAGUAUUUCUUGAAUGGCACUCUAUUCUCUCUGUUGUUGUGACUGAGAGUAUUUCCUGAAUGGCAUUCUAUUCUCUCUGUUGAUGUGACUGAGAGUAUGUCCUGAAUGGCAUUCUAUUCUCUCUGUUGUUGUGACUGAGUCCAUGAAAUGAUGUCACAUUGACAGCCAGUGGACAUUCUCAGGCCAUGACAACAGAGGGAUACCAACAAGUGAUUCAUCCUUAUACUCCUCCAGGUUAUUUUGGUCCCGUUAAUCCCUCCUGCAUGUGUCUCCCUCACUCAGAUCAUUAUUUUAGCACUUGCUGGCAACUGGAUCUCUCUCUCUCUCUGUCUGUCUCUUUCUCUCUCUCUCUCUUUCUCUCUCUUUCUCUCUCUCUCUCUUUCUCUCUCUUUCUCACACACAGACACACACUCUCUCUCUAUCCUUUAGUGACACUAAACUAUGUUCCCUCAUAGAUUACCCAAUCCACUCUCCACUCUAUACUUAAGUCUCUUCUAUCUGUAUAGAUACAGACUGAAUCAGAUGUCUUCUAUCUGUAUAGAUAUAGACUGUAUCAGAUCUACUCUAUCUGUAUAGAUACAGACUGUAUCAGACCUCUUCUAUCUGUAUAGAUACAGACUGUAUCAGAUCUACUCUAUCUGUAUAGAUACAGACUGUAUCAGACCUCUUCUAUCUGUAUAGAUAUAGACUGUAUCAGACCUCUUCUAUCUGUAUAGAUAGACUGUAUCAGAUCUCUUCUAUCUGUAUAGAUAUAGACUGUAUCAGAUCUAUUCUAUCUGUAUAGAUAUAGACUGUAUCAGACCUCUUCUAUCUGUAUAGAUAUAGACUGUAUCAGAUCUAUUCAAUCUGUAUAGAUACAGACUGUAUCAGACCUCUUCUAUCUGUAUAGAUAUAGACUGUAUCAGACCUCUUCUAUCUGUAUAGAUAGACUGUAUCAGAUCUAUUCUAUCUGUAUAGAUAUAGACUGUAUCAGAUCUAUUCUAUCUGUAUAGAUAUAGACUGUAUCAGACUUCUUCUAUCUGUAUAGAUACAGACUGUAUCAUACCUCUUCUAUCUGUAUAGAUAUAGACUGUAUCAGACCUCUUCUAUCUGUAUAGAUAGACUGUAUCAGAUCUAUUCUAUCUGUAUAGAUAUAGACUGUAUCAUAUAUAUUCUAUCUGUAUAGAUAUAGACUGUAUCAGACCUCUUCUAUCUGUAUAGAUACAGACUGCAUCAGACCUCUUCUAUCUGUAUAGAUACAGACUGUAUCAGACCUCUUCUAUCUGUAUAGAUACAGACUGUAUCAGAUCUAUUCUAUCUGUAUAGAUAUAGACUGUAUCAGACCUCUUCUAUCUGUAUAGAUAGACUGUAUCAGAUCUAUUCUAUCUGUAUAGAUAUAGACUGUAUCAGAUCGAUUCUAUCUGUAUAGAUACAGACUGUAUCAGACCUCUUCUAUCUGUAUAGAUAUAGACUGUAUCAGACCUCUUCUAUCUGUAUAGAUACAGACUGUAUCAGAUCUAUUCUAUCUGUAUAGAUACAGACUGUAUCAGACCUCUUCUAUCUGUAUAGAUAUAGACUGUAUCAGAUCUAUUCUAUCUGUAUAGAUAUAGACUGUAUCAGACCUCUUCUAUCUGUAUAGAUACAGACUGUAUCAGACCUCUUCUAUCUGUAUAGAUAUAGACUGUAUCAGACAAAGGCAGACCCGUCUCAAACAAACUCAGCAGUUCUUUAUUUUUCUUCUUCUUCUUCUUCCUCCUCUUCUUCCUCCUCUUCUCUCUUUUUCAAACUCAGUGAUGGACACCUCUCCUCUCCUCCACCCCCCUGAUCACCAGCACCCCUCUCACUCCCCCACCAAUACCACCACACCCCUGCACGUUCAUUCACCCACCAUUUCUGCUGGUUGGAAUGCCACGUCGCUGUCUUCUGCCCAACUAUUGGCCAGGGAUGGAAACAGAAUCAUCCUCGUUAGUUCUCAUUGAAGACUUAAAUUUAGCUUAUAGCUCUCUGCCGGUGGCAAAAGUGUGUGUUUUAUGUGUCUGUGUGUCUAGUCAGACUGUCAUGUCAAACAAAAGAUGAGGGGAAAAACUGUGUAUAUGUGUGUCACCCUAAAGUAAAUAGUUACACAUUUACAUUUGACUUUACAUGUGCACGAAAAUACAUGGAGACCAUGUUUUGUUUGAGAGAGGCAGACAUGUGAUAGAUCUUCUUAUGACAUUUAAUCACAUUUCUGCCCUUGUAUCUGGAGGGGGAUUCUGUGUGGCUGUUCAUUUCUUUGUGCAUGUUUUCCAGGUGUGGAAAAUAACAUAAUUUGUCAUUUCAGGUGUUGGUAAACUGCAUGGGGCUACAGGAGGCACUGACACAGUGAGGGGGAGAUUAUGGGGAGGACAAGGGAGGUAAACUUCACAUGUUGUCCGUGGUAAUGAGAUUAGAAAAAAAGGAGGUUGUUGGGAUGAAGAUACUUUGGCGAGAGAGACUUAUCUUGUGUGUUAAGUCAAACCAAAGUCCAUAUGUAUCAGUAAAGAUAAGGCCUCAGCUUUCUCUUUCAAUAUCCUUACCCUGAGCUUCUGUUCUGAAGGAUUGUUAGGCUAUGCAAGGUGGUUAGUGUAGUUCUGAACGCUUGAUAGGCUAUGCAUGGGGGUUAGUGUAGUUCUGAAUGAUUGUUAGGAUAUGCAUGAUGGUUAGUGUAGUUCUGAAUGAUUGUUAGGAUAUGCAUGAUGGUUAGUGUAGUUCUGAAUGAUUGUUAGGAUAUGCAUGAUGGUUAGUGUAGUUCUGAAUGAUUGUUAGGAUAUGCAUGGUGGUUAGUGUAGUUCUGAAUGAUUGUUAGGAUAUGCAUGGUGGUUAGUGUAGUUCUGAAUGAUUGUUAGGAUAUGCAUGGUGGUUAGUGUAGUUCUGAAUGAUUGUUAGGAUAUGCAAGGUGGUUAGUGUAGUUCUGAACGCUUGAUAGGCUAUGCAUGGGGGUUAGUGUAGUUCUGAAUGAUUGUUAGGAUAUGCAUGGUGGUUAGUGUAGUUCUGAAUGAUUGUUAGGAUAUGCAUGAUGGUUAGUGUAGUUCUGAAUGAUUGUUAGGAUAUGCAUGGUGGUUAGUGUAGUUCUGAAUGAUUGUUAGGAUAUGCAAGGUGGUUAGUGUAGUUCUGAACGCUUGAUAGGCUAUGCAUGGGGGUUAGUGUAGUUCUGAAUGAUUGUUAGGAUAUGCAUGGUGGUUAGUGUAGUUCUGAAUGAUUGUUAGGAUAUGCAUGAUGGUUAGUGUAGUUCUGAAUGAUUGUUAGGAUAUGCAUGGUGGUUAGUGUAGUUCUGAAUGAUUGUUAGGAUAUGCAUGGUGGUUAGUGUAGUUCUGAAUGAUUGUUAGGAUAUGCAAGGUGGUUAGUGUAGUUCUGAACGCUUGAUAGGCUAUGCAUGGGGGUUAGUGUAGUUCUGAAUGAUUGUUAGGAUAUGCAUGGUGGUUAGUGUAGUUCUGAAUGAUUGUUAGGAUAUGCAUGGUGGUUAGUGUAGUUCUGAAUGCGCUCUGUUCUUUUAGCUGUGGUCAUAGGGAGGGAGCUAGUGUGACGCACACCACGGUUCAUUAAGGCAACAGGAACUAGAUAUCUCUGUUUACCUCAAUGCUGUUUAACCAACUAUCCAUCAUCAGAUGUGAGUAGUUUGAAUGUUUCUUUCAUUCCUCUUUCAGUACGGCCACACAGACUCCUGAUACAAUACUACAAACUGCAUUAAAAUGUCUUCACACUGUUUUGUUGGAUGUAUAGUUUGUUGUGUACUGCAUUAGUUUAGGUUGUUAGAUAACAUUCCUGUCUUAGAAAUUUUAAGCGUCUUACAUUUUUUAGUUUUUUUUUAAUGCUUAUAAUUGAAGUGUGCUAGUAAUAUAAAUUCUACAGUCAUGUAAAAUAGGUUGUAACAAUAAAAAUUAAAAUUAAAAUGAAAGCAUCAAACGCAUCUCGGUUGUAUAAGAGGAAUAAAAUAAACUCAAAUAAAAAAUGUCUAUUCUC